GAAGCUACUACCAGCAGCCAAUUGAAACGCGAAACCUGCCCCAUGGGGGCGGAGAGAACACCGCCCGCUUCCUCUGGAGCCAAUAGAGAAGAGGAACAGAGAAGCGCUUCCUGAGUUCGGGGGUCGAGGGAAGAUGGCGACCACCAAAGGGGGUUGGUGCUUGUGCGAGUUACUGAGGUUUUUGUAUUCAUUAUUCCUCCCUGGCCUGACAGUAUGUGGAAUUUUAUGCAUAUGUUUGUUCAUUAUCCUCUGGGGAAUCAGACUGCUGGUACGAAGAAAGAAAGAGUCAGUAGCAACUAGCAAAAAUGGGAAAAAUCAACUGGUGAUUGCAUUUUUUCAUCCGUACUGCAAUGCUGGCGGCGGAGGAGAAAGAGUUUUGUGGUGUGCCUUAAGGGCUCUGCAGAAAAAGUAUCCUGAAGCAAUUUAUGUUGUGUAUACUGGUGACGUGAACGUCAGUGGUCAACAGAUACUAGAAGGUGCUUUCCGAAGAUUUAACAUCAGGCUCACUCACCCAGUGAAGUUUGUUUUCCUGAGGAAACGCUACCUUGUGGAAGAUUCGCUCUAUCCUCACUUCACACUGCUGGGCCAAAGUCUAGGAUCCAUUUUUCUUGGCUGGGAAGCUCUAAUGCAGUGUGUUCCUGACGUUUACAUCGAUUCAAUGGGAUACGCGUUCACACUGCCUCUGUUUAAGUAUCUAGGUGGUUGUCGCAUUGGCAGCUACGUUCAUUAUCCCACGAUCAGCACUGAUAUGCUGUCUGUAGUGAAGAACCAAAAUGUCGGAUUUAAUAAUGCAGCCUUCAUUACCAGGAAUCCUUUUCUCAGCAAAGUAAAGCUCAUCUAUUACUAUUUAUUUGCUUUUAUUUAUGGACUUGUGGGUUCUUGCAGUGAUGUAGUGAUGGUCAAUUCUUCUUGGACACUAAACCACAUUCUCUCACUGUGGAAAGUCGGGAAUUGCACUAAUAUUGUUUACCCACCUUGUGAUGUACAGACCUUUCUGGACAUUCCCUUACAUGAGAAAAAGACAACCCCAGGACAUUUGCUGGUUUCCAUUGGCCAGUUCCGGCCUGAAAAGAAUCAUCCUUUGCAGAUCAAAGCCUUUGCUAAAUUGCUGAAUAAGAAGGUGGCUGGUUCACUUCCUUCCCUUAAACUUGUCCUCAUUGGAGGGUGUCGUAACCAAGAUGAUGAGCUCAGGGUAAACCAACUGAGAAAGCUUUCUGAGGAUCUGGGAGUUCAAGAAGAUGUGGAAUUUAAAAUAAACAUUCCAUUUGAUGAGUUAAAGACUUACUUGUCUGAAGCAACAAUUGGUCUGCACACCAUGUGGAACGAGCAUUUUGGGAUUGGAGUUGUCGAGUGUAUGGCAGCUGGCACGAUUAUCCUCGCACACAACUCAGGGGGCCCCAAGCUUGACAUUGUCGUCCCUCACGAAGGAGAGAUAACUGGAUUUCUGGCUGAAAGCGAAGAAGGCUACGCGGAAACCAUGGCUCAUAUUCUUUCCAUGUCUGAGGAAAAGAGACUCCAAAUCCGAAGCAGUGCUCGGGCAUCUGUAAGCAGAUUCUCUGAUCAGGAGUUUGAACUGGCGUUCCUGUCAUCUGUGGAGAGCUUAUUCAAAUAAUGUCAUAUCUGUACGGAUGAAAGAUAUUUUAUAUAAAAUGGCGACAUACCUUCAUUCGUGAGUAAUUUUUCUAAGCUUUUUCUGUAUUGUAAUAAAGUCACCUAAGCAGUGCUCUCAGCAGUAUGUAUAUAGACAGGAUAUUUAUUUCAGUGAAAAUGACAAUGGUCAAAAUUACCUAAAUUGUUUGAAUGAAAAAAUUUUAGAUUAGGAUUUUGUCUCAAAUUCUGAAAAAUAUGGAUCUGAAAGAAAAAAAUGAACCAACCAUCUUAAUUUUGGUCUAAUUCACAUUUUUCAAGUCCUAUUUGUCAAAUCACUGUACUUUAGAACCCAGGAAAGAGAAUUUACCUUUAGAAAAAAAGGAAAUGUCGAAAGGAAAAUGGAAGACUGAUAAUUAAUAGUUUGGUACUUUAGAAAUGUUCUGCUAUCUUGGGAACACAGAAAAAUUCUAGUCCAUUUAAAUCCUAAAUAGUAAUUGUGGAUGGCCUUCUUGGAUAUAUCUAAAGAUUCUCUUAAAAGAGAAAAGAGACUUUAGGCAGGCUUAAUCAUGUUCUGAAAGCUUGUAGUGAAAAGGCAGGGACUGGGACCGCCCUGUGGGCAUGUGUCGGCUCGCAGGGGCCAGGAGGCCUCCAGCGAUCCUUCCCACAGCUCCAUAUUUGUGAAAUUAGGUUUUUGUUUGGUGCUAUCAGUACAUUUGAUAAGGAUACUCUCAUCAUCCCUUCACAUUUCCACAUCGCAGGAGGCUGGAAGCUAGCUUUAAGUUGUUCAGAAGGUCUGAGUGAGAUGGCUUUGAUAAGUUGUUUUUCUGAUAGCCAUGAUAGAGUAGCCAGAUCCAACCAGCCAGUCUCCGUUAUCAGCAUCAUGCCUUGUAAGAUGAUGAGGUGGCAUUUUGAAAAGAGCACCAAAACACCUGGGCCUGAUCCCUGUGUCAUCAUUUGCAAACAUCUGAUCUCUUAAUACUUAAGCCGCUGCUUAAUCUUUUUGAAACUUACAUUCUACAUCUAUAAUCUGGAGAUGCUAAUACCUGUCCUCACUACCUCCUAGUGAUUCUGAGAUGGAAAGUAUGUGAAA